AUGUCGCGAUAUUCCAACGCCCACAAGAACCCCGCCGGCGCAGGCGAUGCCCGGCCGACAGCCAUGCAGAUCAUACGUGACGAGGGGCUGGAAGGGUUGAUGACGGAUAAGGUUUUCCUCAUCACGGGCUGUACCUCCGGCAUCGGAAUGGAGGCAGCCCGCGCUAUAGCCGCAACAGGCGCCAGGGUAUUUGUGACUGCGCGCUCGCUCGACAAGGGACAGCGUGUCUGCGGCGGCUUCAAGCCCGGUGCAGUGGAGCUUCUCCAGCUAGAUACGAGCUCGCUCUCGUCUGUGCGUGCAGCGGCAGCUACGUUCCUGAGCAAGUCUCGCAAGCUGAAUGUUCUGGUCUGUAAUGCGGGGGUCAUGCGGAUUCCGACGAGACAGGAAUCCACCGACGGGUUCGAGCUCCAGCUUGCAAUGAACUACCUUGGCCUGGUUGCUUUUCUGGCUUCUCAGGGAUAUGAUGCUCGCGUCUUCCUCGCCGGCUUUCAACGUCUCGAGCUCCGCGCACCACGAGUCUGA